CUUGUCUUUAGUCUUCAUGAUCUCUACUCAUUGAUCAACAUUUUCAUUUUUAUCUUAAUGAACUACUCAUGUUUAUAAUAUAUUUUUCGUUGUAUUGCAAGAUAAAUAUAAAAUUCAAAACAGAUAAUAAAAUUAUUUAAUUAAGCGGGAUAAUAUAUUGGAAUGAAAAAGAAAUAUAAUUUAAAUGCGCGAUAUAUGCUGUUAUUUUUCAGCGACAAUUACCGAUAAUGUUGAAUCAUCAAUUAUCUGUAGUCGAUGAUACAAACCCUAAUGAUUACAUCCCCCAACUCUGACACGUGCGAUGACACUUAUGCAAUAUAACCUCAAAUCGAGAAAUGACAAUUGUAGAGAAACGCUGAACAUUUCAUCACUCAAAACCAAAAAGAAAAGAGAAAAAGGAUGGCAGCUGGAGAGAAACAAACUGCAAAUGAAAAAGUCAAACCGGUAUUUUGUGAAUUGUCUGCUAAUGACUUAGAACCAGAAGUUACGCAGAUCGAAAGCUUGUGUAUAGAGUGCGGCAAAAACGGAGUUACCAGGCUGCUGUUAACAAAAAUUCCAUAUUACAAAGAUGUGGUACUUAUGUCGUUUGAGUGUGAGCAUUGCGGUUAUCAAAACAAUGAGAUACAAAGUGGUGGGAAGAUCAUGGAAAGAGGAAUUAAAAUAACGUUACAAGCAGUAACGCCACAGGAUCUAAAUCGUCAAGUAGUUAAGUCCGAUUACACUAGCAUCCAUAUUCCUCAUUUAGAUUUUGAAAUUCCUGCACAAUCCCAAAAAGGUGAAAUUACAACGGUAGAAGGAAUUAUCGAUAGAAGCAUUAAUGCUUUGGAGCAGGAUCAAUCUAGGCGUCAAGAAGAAUUUCCAGACACUGCGGUUGAGAUAGAUUUAUUUAUUAGCAAAUUACAUUCGUUGAAAAUACUAGACGAACCAUUCACUAUAAUGUUUGAGGAUAUCUCGGGAAACUGUCAUGUGGAAAAUCCAAAAGCACCAGUCAAGGAUACUCAGUGUAAUAUAAUGUAUUUCAAAAGAACGAAAAAGCAAAAUCAAACGCUGGGAAUUUACUUGGACAAUGAGGAUGUUUUACUGAAACCUAUACAGGAAGGCGAAUAUCCCUUGGAACAAAUCGAGGGCGAAGUAUUGUCGUUUCCUACCAAUUGCCCAGAUUGCAAUAGCCCUUGUGAAACAAACAUGAAACUGACAAAUAUACCACACUUCAAAGAAGUCGUUAUAAUGGCUACAUUCUGUGAAUCCUGUGGUCAUAGAACUAACGAAGUAAAGAGCGGAGGUGGAAUCGAACCUCAAGGGGUCCGAAUUGAAGUAAUGAUAACGGGUAAGGAAGAUUUUAGUCGCGAUUUGCUGAAAUCGGAAACCUGUGACAUGGAGAUACCCGAGCUCGAGCUGGAAGUCGGUCCGGCUGUCUUGGGCGGUCGAUUCACUACCGUCGAAGGAAUCAUAGCAGCGAUGAAGGAACAAUUAUCUUCAUCUACGGCUCUUACUGGAGACAGCAGUGACUCGGAAACCGUAGGAAGGAUGGAGGCGUUUAUCGCUCAGCUAGGAGAAAUUUUAGACGGUCAAAGGAAAGUGACUCUGAUUUUGGACGACCCAGCUGGAAAUAGCUACGUGCAAAGCCUGUGCGAGGAGGGGCCCGACGAAAGAUUAAGUAUCGCGAAGUACGAUAGAAGUUACGAGCAGAACGAGGAGCUUGGGCUCAACGACAUGAAAGUCGAGAACUAUUAAAUUCCUAUUAAAAUAGACAAACAUGUACUUCAGAAGUAUCUUUAAGAGUACAAACAUCAUCAAAGUACAUCCAGAGAAGAGAAAUGGAUGAAAUUUUCGUCGCAUUAAAUUAUCAUUGUCGCUGUAACAAAACUCUUAUUGUUGGUGCAAGGACAUGGUGCAAAUACAAAUUUUAUAUCAUUUUCAUCG